UCGCAGUAUCGUGUUAACCCUCGAGUAGAGAGGACACGCGUCUUCGUACUGGAUUUUUUUAAAUCGUUGCCUAUAUUCUCCGUCUCUCUCUCGCUCAUUCUCUCUGUCAGUCAAUCAGUCAAUUACUUUCCUUACCUCUCUCUCCCUCUCUCUUUCUCUCUUUCUCUCUCUCUCUCUCUCUUUCUCUCUUUGUCCUUCUAUAUCGUACGCGUUUCGUAAAAUCGCGCGUAAAGGGUUCGUACGUUCGUCGUGCUUGCGUGCUUGCGUGCUUUUUGCACCCGUACGACGGCCGUCCUCGUGAAACGUGAGAAGCUCCGUUGCUUCUAAUUUCUCUUUCUCUAUUUCUCUACGUUCGUUCGUCUCACGUACGCACGCAUUUAUACGUACGUUCGUCGUUGGUCGGUUCGUUGGUUCGUUGAUUCGUCGUAGACGACGAGUCCAAAUUCGUGCGCGAACAAAUCGACACUGGAAAUCUGUGAAUUCUUUGAACGCAAUUUUUUCUUUUAUUUUUCAUUCUUUCUUUCUUAAUUAUUCAUUAAUUAUCUCAUCAUUUUCGAUUGUUCUUCUUCCCUUUUUUUCCCCACUCUUUCUUUUUUUUUAAUUUUAACAAACGCACGCAGUUACGUUCUCUCUUCGUUUCUUGUUCUUUCGGUUAAUUUUUUUUUCUCUCUCUCUCUUUCUCUCUCCAUUCUCUCCCUCAUUCUCUCGGAUCCUUCGAGGACGGAGAGAGUUGUUGUUCUUAUAGGGAGAGAGAUGAAAAAUCGUAGUUGCGUUCGAAAAUAAUGUUGUGUGAUAUGUGAGAAGAAGAGAAAAAUCGUGUUACUUCUGCUGGAGAUUUUUAUUUCCCUUUCGUCGAACGAGAUGUUUCGUGGAACGUGGAUACGAUGGCCAUUGCUAUCAACGUUUUUAUUGGGCUUCCAUAUAUUCCUGGUGGUUGCCCAAUGCGGAUCUUCGAUACAGGACAGACAAGAGAGUCAGGAUAGACAAGACAAGUUAGCAUUGUACAAGAUCACUAUGAGAACUUAUUGGUCGAGAGCACGAUUUCCACGACAUUAUCCUGAAUGGAAACCUCCGGCACAAUUCGGCAAACUUAUCGGUCGAACGCACGACUCCACGUACACCCUUUAUAGAUUGGGUGAAAGACUUUCGACGGGCGCGAGAUUAUACGUGGAAACUGGAAGGGCUGACGGGUUGGAUGCCGGUGGCGAAUCUCAAAACACCCUUCACUCGUUUACGGGACCGCCUAUACCACAGGGCGAGGGUACCAGCAUUGCCAGAGCCUUUCUCGAUGGAAACCAUACUUUAAUAAGCAUCAUGGCAAGAAUCAAUCCGAGUCCCGAUUGGUUCGUCGGUGUUGAUUCCUUUCAACUUUGCGUCGAAGGAAAUUGGGUCGACACUGUAACUGUCGAGCUCGAUCCUCUGGACGGUGGAACGGAUAACGGGUUCACAUUUACGGCUGCCAAUUGGCCUACGCAACCUCAAGGAAUAGCCUACAGAAUCACAUCCCGGUACCCGGCACAUCCCGCGGGAAGCUUCUAUUAUCCGAACCUACCUCGACUACCACCGAUAGCAACCCUUACUUUCACUAAGUUGCGGGAAUACACUCUGACGGAGACCUAUCACGAGGACGACGUCGAGGUCGAGUUCGUAAGCAAUGACAAUCUACUAUCGAGCAAUCCAACCCCAAGAGGAAUCGAUCCGAACAGAGACCUAAACGAGGCCAUCGCGGAGGAACGAAGGGAAAUGGACACUCAGAGAUACAGAUACUGGACCACAACAAGUAACGGACAACCAUCAGUAACCGAUAUACCGCGCGAUGGAAAAGCCGCAAUAAUCGAUAGCAUUGCAUCAUCAUAUGCAUUGCAAAGGCCAAGGUUAAAUGCAACACCAACUUCGAGAACAAUCAAAUUGGUUGAUCAAAAGAAUAAAUAUAACGAAGGAAAAUCGAAUUGGCCGUAUUAUCAGAUGUACAGGCAUUCGGUCGAAGCACAAAAGGCUGAAAUUUUCAAGGACAUUCAAAGGAAGAUGGCGAACACGACAGGUGUUUCCAAACUCGGUCAAUCGUGGAUGAACAAUUCCACGGAUAUCUCGCAACAACGUCAGCAUAAACUUAGAAUGAAACAUCAUAGGCUAAUGGCUAAGGGCAAACAUUUGAGAACGCGUCCACCGAGAGAUUGCAAGGUCAGCGAAUGGGGUCCAUGGAGUGCUUGCAGUCGUAGUUGCGGAGUAGGGGAAACACAGAGGACACGAAAAGUGACGAUAAAGUCGCGUCGUGGUGGAGCAGCUUGUCCACCAUUGAAGGAGACCAAAUGGUGUGGCAGCGUUAGUCCUUGUCCAGAGAACAACAAGUCUAAUCUCGAAGGGUUUCAUUGGUAGUCUUGUUAAGGGUGGUGGUCGCCCAACAACGACGACUUUUGUCCUAAUCUUAACGAAGAGAACGAAGAAAACACAUGGCCAAGUUACACCGAGAUUUAUUAUAUUAUAUAUUCUCGGUUAAAAAGGAUCUUGUGCGUGAAGAUGACGACUGUAAAGAAAAGAAAGAAAAAAAAGAAAGAAAGAAAGAAAAAAAAAGUAGAAGAAAGGAAACAAAAGGAGGAAACAAAAUGAGAAUUAAUAUUCUCCCUUUCUUUCGUUUGUGUUCUCCAGACCCACACGUAUGUGUGUAUAUAUAUAUAUAUAUAUAUAUAUAUAUAUAUAUAUAUAUAUAUAUAUAUGUAUCAUAUAUAAAUAUAUAUACAUAUAUAUAUUUAUAUAUAAAAUUAUAAUUGAUCCCUCGGAACGCGGCAAUAAUCAUCUUGAGAAACAUAGUCCUAAUCAAAUCACCAAAGAUUCGUCAAAUUUCAGAGAUAUUUAAUUAAUUUUAUUAUUAUUAUUACUAUUGUUGUUGUUAUUAUUAUUAUUAUUAUUAUUAUUAUUAUUAUUAUUAUUAUUAUUAUUAUUAUCAUUAUUUUUAUUAUUAUUAUUCGAAUCGAUCGGAUAAUUUUCAUUUUUAUAUUUCGAUCGAGUAGCCCGAUCUCGAUUGGAAGUAUUAUUUUAUUCUUUUAUUUUUAUUUCUUUUAUUUUUUUUUUUUCUUUUCCUUCUUUUGGGUCGGAGACAAAAAAAAAGAGUUUGUAUUUUAACACUGAAAGAGAGAAUAUGAUCAUUAAACUUGCAUAGAUCAUUACUUUUGCAUAGAUACGUAUAUGUAUGUAUAUGUGUAUAUUGUUCGUAGUAAUCAAUGCUGUUCUAACGAGAAAAGAUGAUCGAUUAAACCGGAUUCAGUAUUUUUUCAAAAAUCCGAAAUAUGAAAAAUCCUUGAAACGUCGAACUAUGAUAAGUGAAGUCAAUAUAAUAUUUUUUAUUAGCCUUCAAUGACACAACAAUGGUUCGUGGAGAGAGAAGGGUGGAAGUGGGGAAGAGAGGGGAGGGGAGGGGAAGCGGUAAUACGAUAUAUCGAACAUAAUCGUUCGAUUAUUUUUCUCCUGAGAGAAGUUGAGAUACUUUCAAACGUUAACAAAAAUGUGACACUUGCUAAUAAUUAUUUCUCUCUAUCUCUCUCUUUCUCUUUCUCUCUCUCUCUCUAUCUCUAUCUAUCUAUCUAUCUAUCUAUCUAUCUAUCUGUCUAUCUAUCUAUCUAUCUAUCUAUCUAUCUAUCUAUCUAUCUGUCUAUCUAUCUAUCUAUCUAUCUAUCUAUCCAUCUAUUCAUCUAUCUAUCUAUCUAUUUAUCUCUGAUUGAAAAAUUCUUUUUUAAAAUUCGACUGAACAUUAUCAACGUCGUAAAGUUAUUGGUCGAAUUAUUAUUAUUAUACCAAAGAAUAAAAAUGGAGGAGUCAAUCGUCCCUAUCGUCUCGUAUGUAGGUAUUGAACGGAAAACAAAACAAAAGGAAAAAAAAGACAAAUAAAAACGAAAACCAAAAAAAAAAAGAAAGAAAAAUGAAAACUAAGCCAAAAGAAAAAAUAUCCCGAAGAGAUGAAGUCGCAUGGAGUCUUCUCAAUGUUUGCAUCGGAAUCAAUGACAAUUAAACCGACACGAUCGCGCUGCGAUGAUAAUGGAAACGAUUAAAAAAAAAAAGAGAAAGAAAAAAAAGAGGAAAGGACGAAGAGGAAUAAAGGAAAAAAAAAAAGAAAUUUAAACAAUAACACACAGAACCUAGACAUUUUUUAUAGAGAACGUUACAAGAGGAAAAAAAACAUUUUCAGAAAGAAGUGUGUUCAUAUAAUAUAAUAAUAUUGGUGUAGCAUCGAAAACUCUGAAGCUAAUUCGGGCUAGAAAUUUUAGCGAAGAGAAAAAUGAGAUAAAUAAAUAAAUAAAUGAAUGAUUGAAUAAAUAAAUAAAUAAAUAAAUAAAUGCAAUAAAAUAAAAUGAAUAAAAAAAUCAACAUUCAGUGAUUAUCACGUAUAAGAUUAUCGGAAUAGAAAACGAGCCUUUCCAAAAGAGAGUUAUUUCGACAUAGAUCAAUACUCCAGAGUUCGUAUCCUUAGAUCCAUUCGUCAUAUCAUUAUUGGCACCGUUAGGUGCAUUUUAUGAUGAGAAUAACGUUGUUCUACUACGUGCUAUGUGUGCGUGCGAGCUUGCCGAAAAUAUUCUACAUAAAGUUAACUUUCAAGAGUAACAUUGCAAAGUAAUAAUUUUGCAAAAUGGUAAAAAUAGAAAAAGGAAAAAAAAAAAAGAGAGAAAAAUUUCUUGUACCGAGAAUAGGGAUGAUUACUCGUGACGAAGAAAAAGGUAAAAGAAAAAUAAACAAAAAAAAAACAAACAAACAAAAAAGGAAUAUCUUUUCGCCUAACGGCAGACGUAUAUAAAAAUAAUAAUAAUAAUAAUAAUAAUAAUAAUAAUAAUAAUAAUAUAUUAAUAAUAAUAAUAUUAAUAAUAAUAACAAUAAUAAUAAUAACAAUAAUAAUACUAAUAAUAAAUAAUAAUAACAAUAAUAAAUAAUAUAUAAGUAAGAACGAGUUCGUUCUUAUCGUCGAUCUUUCCCAUUGUUGCAACGUGACAAAGGAAAAAGAAAAAAAAAAAACCACAAAAAAGAAGAAAAAAAAUGAAAAGGGGAAAUUUUUACAAAGAUAUCAUCAGGUACGUCUUAGAUGAGUGUAUUAUAUCUUAGGUAUAAGGAAUUUAACGAUAAUAAUUAAUAACUAACGUUUAAUGGUAAAUCGUUAAUUAUUAGACGGAUAAAAUACUUAAUAAUAAAUCGCUGUGUGUGUUGUCGCUCACGCAAUGAACGAACAAAUCGAACGAACGAACGAACGAAUGAACGAAUCUUCGAACACGUACCUCCUUCGCUUCUCUAUUAUUAUAUAUUAUAUGCACUUAUUUAUUUUUAUUUUUGACGCCGGAAGGAAAAAGAAAAAUGCGAACAAAUCGAUUCGAUCGAAAAAUUGAAAGAAGAAAGAAAAAUCGAUAAACAAAAGAUAAUAUUCGAUGAGGAAAGAAACUGAUAAAAUUAUAUGGAACGUCGUAUAUCUUUCAUUUUUUUUUUUUUUAUAACUAGAGACAUUUGUGAAAAAAUGGAUUUUGAAAGAAAAGGACGUGGAUAAUACUAACGAUCUGAAACAAAUCGAUUGAAAAGCGAAAAAGGAUUUAAGUUAUUUCAGGUUCAAUAAAUCCUAAUUAAUAAAAAAAAAAAAGAAAGAAAGAAAAGAAAAAGAUCAUCCAAGUACACGUACGUAUUUCUUGCGACUCUUUCAUUAGGAAGAUCUAUCAAAAAAAAUAAAUGAAUUAAUUAUUUAUUUAAUAAAUUUAACAAAGAAAAAAGAAAAUGAUUGCUGAAGUGAUUGCAAUAAAAAUUACUGAUAUUCCGGUCGUCGUCUAUUUAAGCGCUUAGCAAAAAAAAAAAAAAGAAAAGAAAAGAAAAAAGGGAGAAAUUUAAUCGGAGAAAAAAAAGUAAGUGAAACUUGCAAGAAUCUUUUUGAUCAAUAAUAUGUAAGUAAAGAUCGUCUCGAAGAGAAGUAAUUAAAAAAGAAAAAAAAAAGAAGAAAGAAAAAAAAUUGCAAAAACGUCGAUAGUGAAAAAUCUCAUCUACUCUUCUUCUCUUUCUCUCUCUCUCUCUUUUCUCUCUCUCUCUCUCUCUCUCUCUCUCUCUCUCUCUCUCUCUCUCUCUCUCUCUCCAACUUUCUAUCUCUAUCUCUUUUUCUUUCUCUAUCUAUCUAUCUUUUUCUCUUUCUCACACACUAUAAAAGGAAGCUAAAAAUAAAGUUAGAGUUUUGAAACUUAAAGGACAGCCUUCAAGGUUUAAAUAAAUCAUCUCUUCCCUGUAGUAGAUAGAUAACACAGAGAAAGAAAGAAAGAGAGAGAGAGAGAGAGAGAGAGAGAGAGAGAGAGAGAGGGUAGAAUGGGAAAGAGAAUAUGUGUUAGAGUGGAGCGAGAGAGAUAAAAAGAGAGAUAGGGCGGUGUAUCGCGUACGUUAAUUGCGAAAAGGGAUCUAUAGUAUCUCUUUUCUCUAAGAAAAUGUCUGGAAAAUUAAUGAAGAAAUGUCGCUUAUGUAAGAGUAUUAAGUUGCCAAGGACGGCGACGUUAUGACGGCAUGUCACGUCGUCGUUGUCGUCGUCGCGUUACGUUAAGUUACCUUACGUUGCGUUACGUUGCGUUACGUUGCGUUGCGUUUAAGAAAUUAUAAAGAGAGAUAAAGAGAGAGAGAGAGAGAGAGAGAUAGAGAGAUAGAGAGAUAAAGAGAGAGAGAGAGAGAGAAAGCCAUCUGAUCUAGCAAAAUUUGAACAAUAACACUGAACGAAACACAACAGACGGUGGUUUUCAUUUUCCCUUAAUAGAAGAAAGAAGAAAGAAGAAGAUAAACGAAGAAGAAGAAGAAGAAGAAAUGAAGGAAGGAAGGAAGAAGAGAAAAUGAAGAAGAAGAAAAAGGGAAGAUGAUAGGAAGGAGGAAGACGUCGCGAGCUUUGCAGCAUUAAGGAUGAACGUUUUAUAAACUAGACGAUCCGAGGGAUAGUUAUCUUGUAAGGAUAGUUUCAUUUGUGUGUCCUUUCUAAUGUUGUGUAUGCGUGUGUAUGCGUUUAGGAGAAGAAGUAAGAGUAGAGAUGAAACGAAGAGGAGGAGAGAAAAGGAGGAGCGGCUAGAUUUUUGCGUGAAUGUAUUGUAUAUGUGUGUGAGCGAGAACGAGGAGGAUAUAAAGAGAGCCGAAGAUUAUUAUAAUAAUAAGAGGAGUAAUAUACAUUUUGAGAGGAACAAUGAUAUUAUAUAUAAUGAUACGAGAGAGUAUAUAUAUAUAAUAUGUAUAUAUAUGUGUGUGUGUGUAUAUAUAUAUAUGUAUAUAUGGUCUCUCGUUCCUCUCAUCUGUGUGAUGAUACGCGAUUAUGGUAUAUGUAUGUUUUCUCUCUCUCUCUCUCUUUCUCUCUCUCUCUCUCUCUCUUUCUCUCUCGCUUUCUCUUUCUCUUUUUAUCUCUCAGGAGUGAACUCUUUCGCAAAGGAUAAGGACAAAUCAAAGAAAAGAUUCGCAAGAUGUAAAAUGUAAGGAGGACACGAAACAAUGAUGGGCGAUAACAAUGAUAAUUGUAUGACGAUGACGAUGAUAAUGAUGAUGAUGAUAAUGAUGAUGAUAAUGAUGAUAAUGAUGAUGAUGAUAAUGAUGAUAAUGAUGAUGAUAAUGAUGAUGUUUCCGUACAAGUCACUGUGCAUUUUAGCUUCUAAGGAACUUAGUCGAUAGGUGAUAGUGAUUAAGUCAAGACACAUGUAGCUAUGUAUAACACAUAAGUUUAUAUUACAUAAUAAAAUCUAUCGAGAAAAGUAA